AUGCGAAGAUAUCCAUACUAUCGAUCAAACACAAUUCAUUCCUCGCCAAAAUGGCGUCGCAUUGACACUGGCUCAGCUGCUACCUCUCGGAACAAUAGGGCUGGGGUCAUUGAUCAGAAGCUGAUCGAAGGAUCUCAUCAACCACGGGCCUACGACUCUCGUCUUCGAAAUUCUUCAAUCAUGACCACUCCUGAGAUUGGCCCUUGUGAUGGAGACUCUCAAUUAGAUGCCUUUGACCUCGAGUUACUUGCAUCCGACUCCGGUAUAGGGCCCACCAUAACAUCAGAGACUCCUCUCGGGAAAGCCACCCCUCAGCAGAUCUACAAGAAUGCGAGCUUGAGCAAUCAGGCUGCUCCGGUGCAGACCUCUCGUUUUUUUACUCCAAUACUCAAGAAUGCGCCUCUCAGUGGAUUGGGAUCCAGUCAGCCCGACAACCGCUUCGGCCCCUCGUCCAGCCCGCUGGCUUUGAUGCAUCAACGAAAGAACAAUUCGACUGAACGACGAGGUCAGCUGGAACUUUCCCGCGAAGAAUCUGAAUUCGAGUCAACCCAGUCGUCCUUGAAACAAACAACUUCAUUUUACCCAAAGACUAGGGCUCCUAUUGACUGCUCGGAGAAUCAAGGACAGUCUCCCUUUUCCAAUAUUCCCCUCUCGGUGCGAGGCAUUGUUUUAGUCCCAGUUUCGGACUUGUGCGAGCAACACCGGUCGCUUUUCAGUUUCCCCUUUUUCAAUGCCAUUCAAUCAAAAUGCUUUCAUACCGUAUACAACACCAACGAUAACUUGGUAUUAUCAGCGCCGACUGGAAGUGGCAAAACGGUGAUAAUGGAAUUGGCUAUCUACAGACUUCUCAACAUCUUGAAAGACGAGCGUUUCAAAGUUGUCUACCAAGCCCCGACCAAAUCGCUUUGCGCAGAGCGGUUUCGGGAUUGGAAUCGCAAAUUCUCAGCUCUCAAUCUGCAAUGUGCCGAGUUGACGGGUGAUACAGAUCACACUCAGCUACGCAGGGUUCAAAACAGUCAAAUAAUAAUCACAACGCCUGAGAAAUGGGAUAGUAUGACACGCAAAUGGAAAGAUCACAUGCGGUUGAUGCAACUGGUGAAGCUGUUUCUAAUCGAUGAGGUCCACAUUCUCAAGGAGUCUCGAGGCGCUACGCUUGAGGCUGUCGUGUCACGAAUGAAGAGUAUAGGAUCGAAUGUUCGCUUUGUUGCCUUGAGUGCCACUGUUCCAAACUCGGAGGACAUUGCGACCUGGCUUGGGAAAAAUGCUACUACCCAGCACGUUCCGGCUCAUAGAGAGCAUUUCGGGGAAGAUUUCCGACCAGUCAAGCUGCAGAAAUUUGUAUACGGGUAUCAAUCGAGUGGAAAUGAUUUCGUGUUUGACAAGAUUUGUGGUUCGAAAUUACCUGAUGUUAUCGGCACCCAUUCUUGCCAGAAACCAAUGAUGGUUUUCUGUUGUACUCGAAACUCGUCCGUUGCAACCGCCAAAGACCUCGCUCGGUUGUGGACAAUGGCACAUCCACCUGCAAGACUCUGGAAAGGGCCUACCAGACAUAUGGAAGUCCACAACGAGGACUUGAAAGGAACCGUAUGCGCAGGGGUGGCAUUUCACCAUGCCGGACUAGGCCCAGGAGAUAGACACGCCGUUGAGAAGGGCUUCUUGGAUGGACACAUUAAUGUGAUAUGCUGCACCUCCACUUUGGCGGUCGGGGUUAACCUGCCGUGUCACCUCGUGAUAAUCAAGAACACGGUUUCCUGGCAAGAGGGUGGCUGUCAGGAAUACUCCGAUCUCGAAAUGAUGCAAAUGCUCGGUCGUGCCGGGCGACCUCAAUUCGACGAUAAGGCAACAGCAGUCAUUUUGACUCGAAAGGAGCGCGUCAAUCACUACGAGAAACUGAUUGCAGGCUCAGAAAGUCUUGAGAGCUGCUUGCACCUCAACCUUAUCGAGCAUCUCAAUGCGGAGAUUGGACUGGGAAAUGUGACCGAUCUUGAGAAGGCAACGAGAUGGCUUGCCGGGACUUUUCUCUUUGUGCGACUUCGUCGGAACCCGACCUACUACAAGCUUAAAGAAGGGGCAAGUGAGGAAGAUGAGGAAGAGCUUCUACGUCAGGUUUGUGAGAAGGAUAUCAAACUUCUUCAGGAAUGUGGACUAGUUGGGACAGACGGACUGCGCUCAACUCAGUUUGGAGAAGCCAUGGCUCGAUAUUACAUACGUUUUGAGACGAUGAAGAUUCUUCUCUCUCUGCGCCCAAAAGCGACAAUGUCUCAAAUUCUGGGAGUCGUUGUUCAGGGGGAAGAGUUUCAUGAAAUCCGCGUCAAGGCUGGCGAGAAGCCUCUUUAUCGGGAAAUCAACAAGGAUCCCGGUAUUCGAUUUCCAAUCAAGGUUGAGGUUUCUCAACCGUGCCACAAGAUCUCCCUCCUGCUUCAAGCAGAACUUGGCGCAAUCGACUUUCCCAGUGGCGAACAGUUCCAGAAGCACAAGUUCUCGUUCCAGCAGGAGAAAUCCCUGGUCCUCUCUCAUGUCAAUCGAUUGAUUCGCUGUGUUAUUGAUUGCCAAAUUUCACGCGAGGACUCAACAGCAAUGCUCAACUCACUAGAACUGGCGCGCAGUUUCGGUGCCAAGGUGUGGGAUCACUCUCCGCUUCAAAUGAAGCAAAUAGACCAGGUCGGUGUUGUUGCCGUGAGGAAACUAGCUGCUAGUGGGAUAAUGAGCCUUGAGGAGCUGGAGUUCACUGAGCCUCAUCAGAUUGAAAUGACGCUCAGUAAGAAUCCUCCAUUUGGGACCAAAUUGCUGGCGCGGGUGAGGGAGUUCCCGAAACUGAGGGUCGCCUUGAAGAUAACUGGAAGGGAGGUCACAACCGAAGGUGUCAAAAUCCGUUUCAAGCUGGAAGUGGCAUUUAUGAAUACGAAAAUCCCAACUUUUUUCCAGCGACGACACAUCUACGUUUGCUGCUUGACUGAAACAUCUGACGGUCAACUCAUCGACUUCAGAAGAAUUAGUGCGAGUAAGCUCCAAGAGGGUCUGGAGGCCAAUCUCGUCGCGGAAUUGCAUGUCCCGGGCCAAUUCAUUAUCAGCCAUGCCAUGUGCGAUGAUAUAGCGGGUACAUCGAGACAAGCCGAAAUCAAGCCGGAAGUUCCGUCCCUCUUGCCACGACCAAAAAACAAAUGCCUCGUGUCCAAAACCUCGCGACUUCCCGAAACCAGCAAUUCAGACUCGAUUGACCGCCCAGAGACCUCUCAAAAACAACAUAAACCCAAGGCGAGUCACCGAAAGGAUGAUUUCGAAGGCGAUGACUUAGAUCUAGAUGACUUUCUAGAAGCGGGUUCAUUCGAGAAGAAACCGAAACAGGUGGAAAAAGCGACCAGUCAUCCGACUGAUGACAUUGAGUGGAUUUCGAUUGAUUGCACCCCCAGUCCACCUCCUCAUACUGCAAAUUCAUCCCGAAACCACGAUGAGAAAUGGACAGCAGACAUGGGACCGCAAGAGGAAGACUAUGAGCCUGUCCGACUCGCAAACGGGAACUGGGCAUGCAACCACAAAUGCAAGGAUAAAACGAGUUGCAAACAUUUCUGCUGUCGAGAUGGUCUCGAAAAGCCCCCAAAGCCUGGAAAAUGCAAGACUACCGCGAACCUCAAAGCUCACGGUCUCAGCCAAUUGACUUUACCGGCAAGCACUGGCGAAAAGAAAACUCUCAAAGACAAAAUGCCACUAAAGGCAAAACAACCUGUCAAACGAAAGACCAGUCAGCUGUCGGAAUCGGGUACCUGGUCCUCAGGCUUGCCAAGCAAGAAAAAAACGAAACAGACCCAGAUCAACUACAAGCAAGGCGGCAAAGGCAAUCUUCCCAAGUCCAAAAAAGAGCGACCAAAAAGUCCUUCCAGGGUCCCGUCUAGUGAUUAUGGGGAUUAUGGACUCAGUGAUCUGCCAUCCCCGUCAACCUUUCUGGAUACUAUCGACUCCAGACUUUUACGACCUAGGCCUCCGAUUAUGGGCUUAUCACAGCCUAGGGAAACCGAGCAAAUGUUUAUCGAUCCUUCCGUUCUAACUCUUUCGGAUUCUGGAGUACCAGGCAAGGUGGACACUGCUCUUCAACUUGCAUCUCCAGCAAUGGGAAGCUCAGAGGCUAGGAAAACCCCACCCAGCCCCUCACCAGAACAAGAAAUUAUUGAUGGAUGGGACAGUACCCUGUCAGAAUCCAGCCCGGAAGUAUUCACUUCGCCUGCAGCACUGAAAAGUUCUGCUACUACUGCACCACUGUUGACCUCUCCUCAAAAUACAGUUCGCUCACCGAAGGGGAAGGAAAGAGUCUUGGAGAUGACCCAUGAAGAUCUAGAGCAGCCAAAGCUCGAUCAGUAUCCUCUCAUGGAUACACUCCAUGAGAUACUUUCAGUACCAGCUACCAAUGUCCGCUUGACGGGCAAUGGAGACGAUGAGAACUCAAGCAAUGGAUGGGAGGAUAUUGAUCGGAUGUUGUACGAGGAGUACAAGAACAUCGUCAAUUUUUAUUGA